AUGGACACGGACAUCAAAAUAAUGGAGGUCAUCGUUCCUCUUCUAAUAGAGAGAGAUGUAGGCAGCAAAUUGAGGAUCAACAGCCUCAUGCAAUUCCCUAGAGAGAAAUACAACAACUACCUAGCGAAUCAAGGGAAUCCAGCCGAAAAAAUGAAGACCACGUUAGAUGACAAUUGGUAUAGCAUAUUAGACGAUCUGGCGAAUUCAAGGCCUGGCUUGCUGGAUAGUGAUUCCAUACUCACCUCCAAUAUCAACAUGGAUCCUCAGAAUAUUGCCUGUGAGGACGACACGUGUCCUUAUUACGCCAAUUGCAUUUCAUCGGUGGAUGGACGUUCUCCGGUAUGCAGAUGCAAGACGGGUUUCCAGGAUCUCGACCUAAAUUUCCCUGGUCGGGCUUGUGGAACUCAGUGCACGGAUAGCUAUUGCUCGAAUCGAGGAAAUUGUUCGCACAACAUAGAGACCCUUAUGCGCACUUGCAGUUGUAACCCGACGGUGAUAGGAGAAAAUUGUGAAACUCCUCUUGGCUUGAUCUUCGGGUUGGUGGCUGGUGUUCUAGUGGUCACGAUCUCCACAUUCAGCGUCACUUACUUCGUUCACAGAUUCAUUGCUCGAAGGAAAGAAAGGUACAUGAUCGAAGAUACGGACCCAGAGAGUCAGGAUGACUUUGUACUCGAAAGCGUUCCCAAUGAGAACUCUUCCUGGGAGUUGCAGUACCAAUGGGCGAGAUGUACCACCCAAGGACCCCUCCUCCAAGAAUCUCCUCUGGAUCCUAGAGAAAAGCAGGAGUUUUCUGGAAGUACAUGUUCGGAGAUACGGACCCAGAAAUUAAUGAAGAUGAUUUUGUCCUCGAAUGCGUUUCCCAAUAAGAACUGUUCCUGGGAAUUGGACAACCAAUGGGCGCGAGCUACCACCCAAGAAUCCCUCCUCCAGGAACCUCUUCUGGACCCGAAGAAAAAGGUAGAAACUUCGUCCGAGAAGUUGAGUCCCGAGUGA